AUGGUCAAUCACGGCAUGUCUCGGGCCUGUGUGGGAUGCAAGCAGAAGCGGAAAAAGUGUGAUGAAGGCCGCCCGACCCAUGUUUUCCCUGCAAGAGCCAGCAACAAGCACCUGGCAAAUUUCGACACCUCUCUUGCUUGGUUAUACGUCGACCGACUGACGUUCAUUCAGGCCUGCCAAAGAUGUCUCAAGCGUGGGGAUGGCUGCUUCUACCCGAACACUGCACUGCAGUUCUUCCGCCAUGAAUACGACGACAAACGCCGAAGCGCAACACGUAUACGUCCAAGAAAGUGUGCUGACAUCUCACUAUUGUCACAACCUUCGUCAGAUCGAUUGGACCAGAAGGUGGACAUUGAUCAGCUCGCGAUCACCAUCUGCGUUGAGGAAUAUACUGCCAUUUCUCAAGACCUGUCAGUAUCCAGAGGCUAUCUAAGCUCUCUCCGAGCUAUGAUUCUGAUGCUAGGCCCCGGUUCCAUUAUUGCGGAAUCUGCCAGAUUAGUAGGCUUGGUGACUCUGGGCAACAAACUGCAGAGACCUGACAUUGUUCGACGAGCGUCCGUUUUAUACCCAUAUAUCCUUCGUUCUUUCCAGCUUGCAAUCUCCAAGACACCUUCUUCCAGUACGGUCGAGUCCCUGACGACCAUAGUGCUUCUUGGUUUAUAUGAGAGAUUACUCUCCUGCCCCUGGGGUAAUGAAGGACAAGAGUAUACAACUAUCAAUCAGUUCGUUGAGUGA